AUGGCCUCCGUCGCUCGCCCGCCGACCUCUCGCACCAGCCACCGCCGUUCCGCCUCGUCCCGCCGCUUCCGCGCAUUGUCUCCGCUCUCCGCGCUGCUCCUCGCCGCCUGCUGCCACCUCGCGCUCUCCCCGGACCGCGGUGUCCUGCCCGUGGCGCGUGCGACGCCGCAAGUCCCGUGGGACAACUUCUCCUCGCCAUGCACGCCGAUCCCGGACCCUCCCCCCUCCGGUUUCAAGCUGUGGGGCGAUCCGACGAUUUGGCCGGGAGGUGUGGUGCCGGGCGUGGGGGCGGGCAAGGGCGGCAACGCCACCAUCCCGUGCGGAGUGGCCGUGCUGCUCAACGUGCCGUCUGUCGUCCUCUCCACCCUCACCAUCCGCGGCAUGCUCAAGGACACAACGUUGCGGCCGGUGAUCCAGGUGAACGCGUCGUUUGUGAUCGUGGAGGGGCAGCUGAUCGCAGGCAACAGCACCAAUCACUUCUCUCAGAAGGUCGUCUUCACGCUCACGCCCAACCCCAACGGCCGCGCGCCCUACCAGUACACCGCCAACGCACCCGCUGAUCCCGCCAACCCCCGCAACUUCGGCCACAAGGCCUUCGUCGUGGUGGGAGGGCAGGUGCGCAUGCACGGCAUGCCGGGGGGCUCCUCCACGCCCUCGUGGUGCCGCCUGGCAGCGACAGCACAGGCGGGCGAUACAGCCAUCAUCGUGGACCGGGACGUCUCCGCAUGGCCCGUGGGCUUCCAUGUCGGCCUCGCCUCCACCGACUUCUAUGCCGACCAAAUCGACGUCGCCAAAAUCGUUGCUGUGACGGCGGUGGGCGGCAGCAAGUGGAAAGUGGCGCUGAGCGCGCCGCUCUCCUACAGCCACUUCGGAGAGGUGGUGCCCGACGGGUUCGGCGGCACAAUCGACGAGCGCGGGGAGGUGGUGCUGCUCAACCGCACAGUGACCAUUCGAGGGGAGGACGAGGCGGCACCUUACAACUGGGAGGGCGGGCACUUCAUGGUGUUCUUCACUCAGACCGCGCAGAUGAUAGAGGGCGUGGAGUUUGCCCAGAUGGGGCAGCAGGGGCAGCUGGGGCGCUACAACAUCCACUUCCACCUCUGUGGGAAUCAGGCGGGGAGGAGCGUGGUGCGCAAGAACGUCAUGCAUGACAGCAAGCAGCGCUGUGUGGUGGUGCACGCCACCUUCAAUCUGACGGUGGAGGAGAACGUGGCGUUCAACACGAGAGGGCAUUGCUUCAUGGUGGAGGAGGGCGGCGAGCAAGGCAACUCCUUCAUCCGCAACCUUGGCAUCUGGACGCGCCCAGUUGAGGUGAAGAUAUCGGAUGAGGAGACAGAUGACAUGCCAUCCACAUUCUGGAUCACCAAUGCAAACAACAACUACCUCGGAAAUGUGGUUGCGGGCUCAGAAGACACCGGCUUCUGGAUCGAGCUACGGGACCGAGUGAGGGGCCUGUCAUUGCAAUGGCCGCUCAUCAACACGCUCAUUCCCAUCAACUACCACCGUGUUGGCACGUUCGCGGGCAACGUUGCUCACUCCUGUGCCACGGGCUUCCGUGACUACCCUCGCGGCUUCAACCCCCGAUUCAACGCCUCCACCCUCUCCGAUGGCAGCUAUUGGGAUCAACCUGUGUGGGUGACUAUUGCGGGCUUCCUUCUUUACAAGAAUCUCUACGUGGGGUAA